GAAAGAGGUGCUAAACUCGUAACAUUAGCUUAUUGUGUCAUUGUUCGAAUAUUAAUAACAAGUUUAGAGUGAUAAGAGUGAGUCAGCCAGGAUAAAUCAUUCGUGAGUGUGAUUCAGAGCAAACUAUACGCGUUUUAUGAUCCUAGCUGCAUAUAACACAAGAUGGCGCCGCUGUCACUAAAGAUAGUGCUAGACGAGGGGGCGGUGACGCGGACGCUGAUGUUCGACACCACCACGCCGGUGCAGCAGGCCCACGAGCUAGUGAGGGAGAAGAUCCUCACGCUGGACCCAGACAGAGAAUACGGCUUCUUCCUGCAGUCCGCUGAUGACGAGUGGUCAGGCGUGUGGUUGGAGCCAGACCGGCGGCUGGAGUACUACAUGCUGCGGGACGGAGACUCUCUGCUGUACCUCCCCAAACACAGGAACCUCCGGCUCAGGAUGUUGGACGAUUCAGUAAAGACAGUGCAGAUUGAUGAGUCGAAGAAGGUGGGCGAUCUGAUGUUCUACAUCUGCAACAAGAUCGGCAUCGCCAACCACGAGGAGUAUGGCCUGUGUGACACUGAAGAACAGCAAAUGGAGGAGGCUAAAACAGGUACCCUGAGCAGACCAGCAACAGGCACACUCACGUUGAAAAGAGGAGCGCCCCGGGAGAAAGACGCUGAGCUGCAGCACCUUAUCAAGAAGUUCAAGACAGAUAAUAAUGUGGAAUGGCUGGACCAACACAAGACGCUGCGGGAGCUGCGAAUAGACCCGAAGAAGACGCUGCUGCUGAAGAGAAGACUGUUCUACUCCGACCGCAACGUGGACUCCCGUGAUCCGCUCCAACUGAACCUCCUGUACGUCCAGACCAGGGACGCUAUACUGGAUGGAGCACAUGUCGUCACAGAAGAUAAAGCGGUGGAGUUCGCCGGGCUGCAGUGUCAGAUACAAUACGGAGAUUACCAGGAGGAGAAGCACAAACCGGGUUUUAUUGAAAACCUCAAAGAGUUCCUGCCGGCUGACUUCACGGGAUCAUGGGGUGUGGAGAAGAAGAUCUACCGCGAGCACCGCAAACACGCCGGCCUCUCGCCGCUCGACGCCAAGCAGCUGUACGUGAAGCUCGCCCGCAGCCUGCCCACGUACGGCGUCACCUUCUUCGUUGUUAAGGAGAAGCAAAAAGGCAAGAAGAAACUCGUUCCACGCCUAUUGGGCAUCAACGCGGAGUCGAUCCUGCGUCUGGACGAGCAGACCAAGGAGAUCCUGCAGACCUGGCUGCUCACGCAGGUCAAGACGUACAAAGCCUCCACGGAGACUUUUACACUGAAUUUUGGAGACUACAGCGACAAGGAGUACGCGGUGAAGACGAACGAGAGUUACCGCAUCAAGGACAUCCUGGAGGGCUACAUCGACAUCAUCAGGCGGCGGCUCGCGGCGCCCACCACCACCGAGUACGUGGAGGGGGAACUCAUCAUAGAGGACAACGUUACACCAUCCAAGGGCAGCACUAUAACGAAUUAUUCGGCCAAGAAGAUAGAAACGCACUCCCUGGUUGGGCCCAGCCAAAUCGUAGCUGUCGAACAAGGUCAUAACGUGGGCAAAGGCACGAACGUAACGACGGUCCACCAGAUCAUCACCACCAUGGGCGCCGGACAGCACCAGCACGGCGUCGGUUCUCUUAACCACAGAUUUGUGGAGGAGCUUUCAGACGCGACCGGCAGAGCGCAGUUCGGCAAGAAGCUCAACUUCUUGAACUCGGAGUCUGUCAAGGCAGUCGUUUUGUUGUCAGAGCCAUCACAGGCGAAUAUUCAAAGCGUGCGAGAGAUCGCUCAAAGCAUGGACGACGUAUUGCCUGAUAUCAUCAAAGGUGUCAAAGAAAAUGCUGCUAAGCGUGAUGAGGCAGAGUCUCGGAAGAUACUCGCUGACUUGGACGAGCUGUACUCCUUCAUCACCAAGCUCUCUCAAGCUGUUAAAGACUGCGAUCCGAACGACGAAGAGAAGCUGAUGGCAGCACAGAAUGCAGCGAAGAAGAUAGCGGACCUCUCCACACAGAUAUACUUCUCGUGCGAUCCCAAAUCUAACGGAAGAAAACAGCUGUUACAGACCUCACGCAAGAGUUUCAUAGAGGACGAGAAGACGGUGGCUGCACUGCGGCGCGCGUCGUUCAUCACUGCGACGGACGGCGCGAGGCAGGCCGUGCAAGACGCGCAAGAAGAAUUGUAUGAGGAAUACAACGGUCCAAUGCCACAUGAACAUGAUAUUGAGCGUAUAGAAAACGACGCGACGCACAAACUUGGUAAACUCAACGCGGCGGUGGCACAUCUACUGAUAGCUCACGCAGAUCCUGACAAUGUAGAUUAUGAGAUGGCAGUGAAUUCAAUGAAGACAGUAAACGAGUACACACCGCAGUUGAUAAAUGAUGCAAAGGCUCUAGGUUCGGCCGAAAGUGAACCACAUAGAAACGAAUUACUGGACAAAAUACAAAAAUUAUUGGAUGAAAUGAAUAAUUUAUGCAGCCUCAUAGGAACCAACGAUACAAAUAAGAUGCAAGAAGCUGGCAACCAAUACGCAAAUACAUCGAAGAAACUGAUGUUCACGUUUGGCAAACGCAAACCAAGCCCGAAAGUAGACGAUAAAUGCGGCGAGAUCAAGGACCUUGUGAUGGCGGUGGGAGACGCGACUCAGCAGCUGCUGAGUAAAGUGCAGGAGCUGGGAGCGGAGGGCGACGACCCCGACUUCGAGCGCGUGGACAUCUGCGCCAGCAAGGUCGCGGACGCGGCGCAGGCGUUGCUGUCUUGUGCUGAGCUGACGUCGCAAUCAAUUAGUGAGCCGCACUGUCAGAGUGCUCUCACAGCGGCCAUCGAGAACUUGGCCUCAUCUUCUCAGAGCAUGUCUGCCGCCUGGAAGCCCAUGGUGGAGAAACCUGGCAACAGCAUCUAUGGCACGCAACUGGUCGAUCUAUCCUUGAAGCUCGCCAAGGUUCUAGAUAGCUUGAAGGACUCAUAUUCUAAUCUAAAUGGUCUCAUUGAAGAUGAUAUUGGGAUGACCGAUGUAGAGCCGCUAAAUGACGAUAAAAGACGCUUGAAGUUUAUAGCAUCUGUUUCACAUCUCAAAAAGGAUAUUGAUGAUGCUAGUCGAAAAUUAGAUAAACCCAACGAACCGACGAUAAGUGGUGCACCUGUUGUAAGUGUUAAGAGAUUAAAUCGAAGGCUCGCAGAUAAGUUAGCAGAGUUAAAUGCAUCAAUAGCAAAUUUGUUGCAAGCUACAGCAGAUCCUGAAAAUCAUGAUUUGGUUCUGGCUCAAAGUUCCAUUGAUAACAUCCGACAAUUGACUGCGGAAAUCAGUGAUGAGGCCAGGCUACUCAAUGGUAAUAUAAAUCCGGUGGCAUGGAGUGGACUAAAAGCAGAACUCAGUACAAUGUUUGAUGCGGUCAAUGAUAUAUGCGCUAAUGCUGCCGAAUAUGAUGGAGAGGGUUUGAACGACGCUGUUUCCAAAUAUGGAAAAGCAUCUUCUAAGCUCGUCAAAACAUGUCAUCCUGAAUCCUACGUUGCUCCAAACUCUAUUGUGGAACUAUCGAAAAAAGCCUGUGAUGAGACAUCGCAAAUGCUGAUCAAAGUGAAUGAUCUGGCGGAAAAAGUUGAUGUGGAAGAUGGAAACGUGCUGGAUGAGGCUGGAGCCAAACUCGCUGAUACCGCACAAGCUACAUUAAGAACUGCUGAGUUGACUGCACCGACCAUGAGUAACUCACAUUGCCGGCAAUCCAUGAUAUGUGCUUUGGACAGCCACGCAGCCGUUUCUAAGGAUUUAAAUAAUACGUGGCAAGACGUAUUCGUCAAACAACCCGAUGCUCCAAUGAAAGAAGACUUACAAAAUAAUUAUGAUCGUCUGCAAGAUCUUCUUAAUGACAUUCGAGAGAUAUGUUCAAAAGAAAUAGGUGAUCCAGAAAACGAGGCACAAAAAGAGAAGCAACGACUUAAAUUCCUAGCAUCCUUGUCAAAUGCUAAAAAUGCCAUCGGGGAUGCAACAAAAGACUUAGAAAAUGAAAUCAUUGAGGAUUAUGGACAUGAAGAUAAUAUGAAUGUUCAAGUGAUAAGACGAGGACUGGCGGAUAAACUGGCACAGUUGAAUGCAGCUUUAGCGUCACUUGUUCAAGCUUCGUCUGAUCCAAGUAAUCCAGACACUGAAUCAGCAAAGGUUGCUUCUGAGAACAUUCACAAAGUAGUGCCAGAUAUAGUUGAAGCAAUCAAACGCUUGCGUGGUAGUAUGGAUGAUAAAGAGUACAAAGCUAUUACUGAAGACCUGAAGACUAUGCUUGAAGCUGCUCAGGAUGUUUGUGACCAUGAUGGAAAGGACUUACAAGAAGCUGUAUCUAAAUUGUCUAAAUCUUCGAGAAGAUUAAUAUUUACUUUCAAACCCGUGGUGAAAUCGAAGAAAGAGAAGCAGGUUCAAGAUUUAGCGAAUUCUGCAAGCGAGCAGACCGCAGCAAUGCUCUCAAAGGUCAACCAGCUGGCGGAGAGUGUCGGUGGAGACCUGGGGCAGGAGCUGGAUAUAGUCGGAGCUCAAGUGGCUGAUGCCGCCAAAGCAUUGAUCACCACUGCAAAAAUCACUGGACCAAGCAUAAAUGACGCUGAGUGCAAACAAUCACUAGCAUCUGCGGUUAACACGCAGUCAGCGUUAGUCAAAGACUUGGACAAUACUUUACAACCAGUAGUCCAGAAUCCUAAAUUCAAGCAUUAUAUGGAUGAUCUACUAUCAGAUUCACAAGGCAUACAAAACACACUAGAUAAAUUACGAAACUUGUGUCAAGCUGAUGAAGGUGAAGCAGAUGGUAUUUUGAAAUUAUCUGAUACGAUUAUCGAUCCGAAGCAACGCCUUGUAUUUACAACUGCAGUAUCGGUAGCAAAGAAUGCUGUUGAAAAUGCUCAAAAAGAUCUCGAAAAUAUUGAAAAAUCUGCUCCAUCAAAUCUGAGGGAAAAUGUACAGGAAAGAAAAUUGAGGCUGAAAGAUAAAUUAGCUCGCCUGAAUGCUGCAAUGGCAUCACUAGUAGACGCAUCUGCAGAUCCCAGUAACCCUGAUAUUAUGCAAGCAGAGAAUGCUAUUGAAGCUAUACGUAAAAUAGCCCCAGAUUUAAUCGAAGAUGCCAAAGCGCUACACGGCAAUGUUGACGGCAGAACUUGGCAAGCGAUUGUUAAGAAUCUCAAAUCCGCCUUAGAAGCAACCGAUGAUUUAUGUGGCAGCCAAAACACUGAGAAUAUCAACGAUGUACUCAACAAAUUUUCUGCGGCUACCGGCAAUCUGUCUCAUGUCUUGGACCCCAAAGCUAGUACCGACAGUGAAAAGAAGUUAUUGGACUUAUCCAGACAAGCAUGUGAAAGCACGUCAGUUAUGUUGUCGAAAGUGUAUGAGCUAGCAGGAGAGGUUAAGGAUGAAGAUGCACAGUUGCUGGACAAUGCUGGAGCUAGGGUGGCAAAUGCUGCACAAGCACUUUUAAAUGUCGCAGAGAUCUCCGCACCAUCUAUAAAUGAUCCUAAAUGUCAAGCGUCUGUGUCAUCAGCUGUAGAUAGAGAAAUUUUACUAGCCAAUAAUCUGAACGAUGUUUGGAAACCAAUCGUGCAAACACCGCAACACAGUAAACAUAAAGAUGGUCUGCAGUAUAGCUCACAAGCUGUUCAAAAUACACUUGGAAAACUAAAGGAAUUAUGUCACGAAUUAGGAAAAGAUUCAGAACUUGAAGCGAAGCAGCAAAUGCUGCAAAAUGGUAUUCUUUCGGCUAAGAGCGUCGUAGAAGAUGCUUUAAAGACCUUAGAAGAUACAAAGGGUCAUCGGCCUGCCCCUGAUGCUAACGUAAGGCAACGCAAACGAGCACUGGCUGAUAAACUUGCGAAACUGAAUGCUGCGCUCGCUUCUCUCAUGCAAGCCACUGCAGAUGAAUCUAAUCCAAAUGUGGAACAAGCAGCUGAUGCUAUUGAAACUAUACAGAAGCUAGCUCCAGAAGUUGUCCAUGAUGUUAAAUGUCUUGACGGUCAAGUUGAUGAGAACUUCAUGAGAGCAAUCACCGGUGACCUCAAAGUUUUGCUUCAAGCAACUAGUGAUAUGUGUAAUAAAGCGGAAAAUAAGAACAUAAAUGAAAUUGUACAAAAACUUGGAAGAUCAUCUUCAAGGAUGAUGAAUAUGGUCAAUACUAAGACGAACGUAAAGAAAGAAAAGGAGAUAUCAGAUCUAGCUAGAGCGGCAUGUGAGCAGACAUCGUCCAUGCUUGUGAAAGUCUCCCCUCUGGCGGAGAGCGUUGGUGGCGAGGAAGGUCAGGCGCUGGACCAGGCUGGGGCGAGGCUGGUCGAUGCUGCACAACUACUGUUUUCUACGUCUAUACUAACAGCUCCAUCAAUAAAGGAUGUCAACUGUUCGAAUGCGUUAAUAGCAGCAGCAAAUAAUCAGUCGUCGCUUAUAAAAGAACUGGAGGACACAUGGAAACCCAUACUUGCUAAGAGCGAAAAUCGUCGUCACAAAGAUGGUCUGGACAGAGAGGCGGCGAUGAUACAAAACACCUUAGAUAGAUUAAAAGAAUUAUUGCACGAUGAACAAAAUCAGCAAAUUUUGUCCAAUCCAGAGUUAGAAGUUUCUCAAGCUAAAGAAAAUAUCGUCAAGUCAGAAGCACUUCUAAAUGAAAAACUUAAAAAAAUGCCGAAGAGUGAUCCAAGUAGGACAAACGGACAGGCUAUAGAUGAUCCAAAAACGGCACCGCAGAGGCUUUUGUUGAUGAAAAAACUCGCGCAACUUAACGACGCAAUGGCACAACUGGUCGAAGCAUACAAGAUAUCAGACGAUGAGGAACUGGAUCAUAAAACUGCUCAAGAAGCUAUAACAAAACUAGGAAAUUUGACGCAAGAUGUUGUGAAGGACAUCAUUGCUCUUGAAGAAAAAGCGGAUGGUGACUGUAGUCAGCUAUUAGAAGAGGCCAGAGAACUUUGUAAGGCUAGUGAAAACCUGUGUUCAAGAGUAGAAGACAAUGAUGUUGAUGGAAUCAACAAGGCGGCUAUGGACUACGCCGGACACGCUCAUAAACUACGAUUCAUGUUCAGUCCGCAAACAAAUCCUGCUCAAAUCAAUCAGAUCCUAGAGUCAUCGAAGUCGAUCUGCGAGAGGACGUCGCUCAUGCUGUCCCGAGUGUCGAGACUCGCCGACCUGGUAGACCCGGCCACCAGCAACAAGCUGCACAUCUCCGGAGCGGCAGUGGGAGACACGGCCCAGAAGCUGCUUACCACUGCUCAGAUAACUGCUUCAUCAAUUAACGAUGAGAGCUGCAAGUCCAGGUUGAUAUCUUCAGCUGAUAGACUGCUGGCUUCUAGCCAGGAGAUGGGAAAGGUGUGGAAGCCGUUGGUCCAGAACGAGGUGUGCUAUCCGAUAGGUCAACAGUUGUACAAGGAUCAGGAUUGUAUACAGAUUGGUAUUAACCAGUUAAAGACGGCAUGCGAAAAAACAGCUGGUCCAGAAAUUCCGAAACAAAAGCCGGUGAUCCCAGAAAGAUUGGUGAUUGAGGAUUGUCCUCUGAAACAAAUGGCCAGAAAAAUUUUGUCUACUGUACAGGGCAAAAGUAAGUCUGCCAAUAUUUCACCCCAAGAGCAAGCACUGUAUGCUGAUUUUUGCAAUAAAUUAGAGGACGCCAUUAAAACUUUUGACACAGCGAACGCAAAAUGCCGCAAUCAGCCAACUGAUGCAAACAGGAGAAGAGACUUAGAGUCAGCUAUAAUGAAAUUACAACAAAUGUGCCUGUUCUCCAAAGAUCCAGGCGGUGAAGAGAGUUAUAUCGUAGACUUAACAAAUUAUGUAAGCAAUGUUACAUCCGCUGCAGAAGAUGUAGUAAAAUCAUCUAGUAAAGUCACACCAUUUACUACUGACGUAAAGAAAGUAAAAGAUGAAUCUCAGAAGAUUGUGAAUGAAGCAGAUAACUCACUGAAAGCAUUUGAUGUGGAAUCAGCAGAAAUAACUGACGACAUGCUGAAAUAUGACUUGUUUGGUAAAUCAUGCGAAGAUCGAGUCAAGGUUAUGACUGAGGCUGCUUUCGAGAUACCAGACAGCAAGCGGAAGAUUGAGUUACAGGAAAAGAUACAGAAUUUGGCGGAAAAUAUAGAUCUACUGAGGUUUGCAUCAAAGUGCAAUCUAUCAAGCGCUAUGGGAAUAUCUGUUGACGAGACGUUGGACAACCUCACAGACAUUGAGAAGCAUAUAGAAGACAUCAUUACUUCCAUAUCAGGAAUUGCUGAAGGACGGGAGGGAGACGCGAAAGAGAUGAUAGUGGACGCGCAAGAGGCUCUAGUAUCAUCAUUGGUGUCUUCAGACAACAUUCCAAAAGCCUUUGCAGAGUACGCUCUACAGAUGAGGAGUGCGGUACAACCCGAUGACAGGUACAAACGUAAACUGAAGGAUCAUCUCAAGAGACUGGCUGAUCUGCUAAAGUCUCAAGUAGCGGUGAGGGGUAGGAUGGUGAACACAUGGCAGGAUAUUGAUGGGCCAGAAACAACGGCCAUCACAGAUAAGAUCAUCCAGGAGCUGGACAGUUUCAACACACUCGACGGUGAUACGAAGCCGGAGGACUCAUUGGCCGCCAGCAACGAAUUCAAGAACCUACUGAUGGCCAAGAGCAACAGGAUUAGCGGAAAUAAUGAGGAUCUGCUCGAGAAGUUCCGUAAGCAGGUGAACAAGGUGAGCAUCGACGCCAACACGCUGGUGCUGAGCUGCCACCAGCCGGACUCGCUCGGCCGCUGCCUCAACCUCGUCUCCGAGUCCGCCGCCGCCGCCGCUGCCACCGCCAGGUCGAUUAGGACUGAGAAUCCGAUGACCGAGAAGCAAAUACAGGACGCGGCGCAGAACAUGUGCAAAGCGACGUACAGAACAGUGAAGGUGGCGCAGUCGCUUCAGCGUACUGAAAACAAAGCGGAUGCAAGACGAAGACUCCAAGAUGCGUGUAAACAACUCAAUGAAGCUAUCAACAGACUUGUCCGUACGGUGUCGGCGGGCGGCAAGGAGCGGGGGGACGACGAGGUGUCCCGCAACCUCCACAUGCAGGGCGCCUUCCUGCGCGCGCGCCUGCCCUCCAACACGCUCGGCUACAGGGACUGCCUGGAGGCGCUGCAGAACCAGCACGACAUCAUACAGAAACUGGGAAGCAACGAGAAGAUGACGAAGGCGGAACGGACGGAGUCCCUGAACUACAUCACCUCCGCCAUAUGCAACGCCACGGAGUACGCCACACAGACCGCUUACUUGUUGUCUUUAUCGAAGCAUGACCGAAAUGUCAUAGAGCACGGGCUGGCUGACGUCAACCGUCUGAAGAAAAUAACUGCGAACCUCCGCGCUGAAUGUAUGAAGAUGCUGUACUGUGGGGACGCUGAACAGAUUAAACAUAUAAAGUCUGAAAUCAGUAAGCAAGCAGACGCUCUACAGAAAGGUCUUGAAGAUGAUAACGAGAAAAUACAAGAAACACUUAGACCUGUUCUGAGCGAAGACAUGAAGAUGUUACAAGCUGCUGUGAAUGAACUACAAAAUACGAUUGACAGCAAUGAUAAUAAUAACAUGGGAUCAAGGAUUAAAGGAAUAUGUAAAGUGAUAGAUGGCAGUAACAGAAUAAAUGCAAGCAUUGAGAAGAUUAUCGAACCUCAGGUCUCUAAUCAAUCUCAAGGCUCCAGUCAGGAUAUUAUUGAUAAUACUAGGGACUUGGUGACAAAGACGUCUGCGUUGAUCAAGAAAGCCUCGUCAUCAGAUGACGACGUCAUGACGUGGGUGGUGUUCGGCGGACCGGAUGUCAUGAAGACCUUCGACAAAUUGGUGCAGUGUGUCAGGCAAAAGGGGGUAGAUGCUGAUUUGAUUGCUUCAGCGAAACAAGAGGAGGGCCCAUUGAAGAGUUAUAUAGAGACACAAAUCGACCUCGCCAAGAAAUGGUUGCAGCGACCUGCUUCAAAGCCCGAAGUUAAAGAAGCAGGCAUCAAAGCCAUCAAUUAUACUAUCGAGAUAGCUGAUAAGGUGACAGAAGAUCUGAAUGAACCUGAGAAAGAAGACAUGAAGCAGGUGGUAGCUGAGAGCAAACAGUUGCUGGCCGAGUGCACACAGAAGUACAACAGUGAGAAAGCCAGUCUAUUACUGGAAAGGCUGAAAGAACUGAGGAAGAUGUUGGAACGUGGCGUAGUGACGCGAGUUGUGGAGGACUUCCUACACGAUGACCACUUACUUGAUAUGGAGACUAUGGUGGCUAAGGAAAAGGACGCGAGCAGACGCAAGUUCAUCCUGGAGCGUAAGCUGGCGGAGCUGCAGGCGCAGCUGGGGAAGGUGGCGCAGACCGGCCGCCUGGUCGCCGACACCGGCUGCCUGCAGAGCAGGAGGGACCUGCUGGACACUACACACAAGGUGGAACUCCUCGCGCCGUCGCUGGUGAAGGCCACACAGGAACGACUAGAGUCACCAGAAGACAAAGAGGCGGUAGAGAAGUACAUGCUGCUGGUGGAGCAGUACGCGCAGAUGAUCGCGUCCAUGCGAGACUUGUGCGACAGCGCCGUCGAUCCCAUAGACUUCGUGCAAGCUGCUGGGGAGACCAUGCAGAGGAUAAAGGAGGAUGCUAGUAACGAUCCAAACACCGGUAAAAUUACAUCGAGGAUGAUUUUAAGGCUAGGCAACCGUGUAGUAGACGCUGGCAUGAACUCGGCUGAAAGACAAAAGGAUCCGGAAAUGCAGACUACGCUGACCAUCAUCAAGAAAACCAUUGAACUUCCUAAAGCAGAUGCACAGGAGACGCAAGACGAUUGGAAGGCUAUAUUUGCUGAGAUACUGAAAAAGACGAGUCAAGUGGAAUCAGUCCUGGGAGGAGAGGGGAUCUUCAACCGCGAGCCCGAGCCCGACCAGCCCAUAUUUGCGGCGGCGUUGGACCUGCACGCGGCAGUGCGGGAGUGGUCGGCGCGAGACAACGACAUCGUGGGCCUCGCCAAACGCAUGGCCGUGCUCAUGGCCAAACUGUCGCGUAGCAUGGAGACUGACGACACGCGGUCCCUGCUGUCGACGUCGAAGGAGAUAGUGAGCGGCGCAGAGGAGGUCGCAGCGCUCGCCCGGAAACUCGCGCUCGAGUGCACCGACAUGAGGAUACGGACCAAUCUGCUGCAAGUGUGCGACAAGAUCCCCACGAUCGGCGGGCAGUUGAAGAUUCUCACCACCGUCAAGGGAUCCUCGCUAGGUCAUCAAGGUAGCUUCGAGGACCAGGAGGCGAUGAACAUGUUGGUGUGCAACGCGCAAAAUCUCAUGAAGAGUAUUCAGGAGGUAGUAGCGGCGGCGGCGAGCGCGUCCGUCAAGAUCAACUCGCAACGCGGACGACGCAUCAAGUGGGUGCGGCGCCGCAACUACUACUGAUCAGGCGAUCGCGCCGCUCGUUCAGCAAAACACGCAUCAGUAGUAACGGUCAAAUGGUGAAAAGCUAGAGGGAAUAAUUCUUAGAACACUCAAUUAUUGGCGCUUUAGUACUUCGAUCGCAGAUUCCAGGAAAUGCUUUUACGUAUUCUAUUGAUGUUGCGAUCACCGGUGCUCUUAUGGGGCUUGAAGAAUUAACAGUUGUUGUUAUUCUAAAUACUCACAUACGGUUUUGCUCGAUUGAGCAAUAACGCAAGCAAAACCCGCAGCUCAGAUUUUCGUCCACACAUUCAGCAUUGCUCGAUAGUUUCACUCUAAAUCGAUACAUUUGAUUCCAUCAAGCUGGCUCGAUGUGAGCCUUCAAGCUAUGAGUUUUGCGGUCCACACAGUAAUUAAUACUCGAUUUGGAGUAAAACUAUCGAGCAAAACCGCAUGUGAGUACUUAGCAUCAGAAGAUUUUGUGUAUUAUUGGGGUUUCUAGUAUUUUGUAACAAUAACCUAAGGUGCCAAUAAUAUGACUGUCAAUGAUUUGGUAGUAUGCUUACUAAGAGAAUAUGACAACUGUG